CGCGAUUCCGCUUCCGCUGUGGCGCCCCCUGGCGCCUCCUCGGCCCCGUGUUUCCCGCCUCGCUUCGCGCUCCUCGGCCUUCGCGGCCCGGCGAUGGAGGCGGCGGCUCCGGAGGGCGCCGAGCCGGGGAGCGGCGGGAGCGGCGCGGAGGAGCCCGUGGUGUCCCUGGCGGAGGUGCUGGCAGAGAACGAGGAGCUGGAGAAGGAAGCGCGGGCCGUGCUUGGGGGCAGCGACCACGAGCGCUGCAGUUACUCACAGGGCGCGGUGAAGCGACAGGCGCUCUACGCUUGCAGCACCUGCACGCCGCCCGGCGCCGAGCCCGCGGGGAUCUGCCUGGCCUGCAGCUACGAGUGCCACGGCACCCACCGCCUGUUCGAGCUCUACACCAAGAGGAAUUUCCGCUGUGAUUGUGGAAAUAGCAAGUUCAAAAAUCUGCAGUGCAAGUUACUCCCGGAAAAGGUCAGGGUGAAUUCAGGAAAUAAAUAUAAUGACAAUUUCUAUGGAUUGUACUGUACAUGUAAAAGACCUUACCCUGAUCCUGAAGAUGAGAUUCCAGAUGAGAUGAUCCAGUGCAUAGUUUGUGAAGACUGGUUCCAUGGAAGGCAUCUUGGUGCAGUUCCCCCUGAAAGUGGAGACUUCCAUGAAAUGGUGUGCCAGGCCUGCAUGAAACAUUGCCAUUUCCUAUGGGCUUAUGCAUCACAGUUAGCAGUUCCUCCUUUGACCAAAGUGAACUCCCUUGAAGAUGCAGGGUUUGUCCUGAAGGUAGAGGAAAAUGAAGAGCAGAAGAAAGAAAUAAAAAAAGAAAGUGGAGCAGAACACCAUGACACAAAGGAGGAAAAGCAGUCAGAACAAUUUAAUGAACCAUCCACUAGCUCUGGGUCUGCCUGUGCUGAGGUAGUUGCUAAGAGUGAGGAGCCAGUCUGCAAGCUGAAAGAGCUCCAAAGCAAGCCAUUUGUAAAAAAAGAUACUGCCACCUUUUGGCCGUCGAACUGGAGGAGCAAAUUAUGCACUUGUGAAGACUGUUUGAAAAUGUAUUCAGAGCUUGAAGUCCAGUUCCUGACAGACGAAUGUGACACUGUUUUGGCUUAUGAAAAUAAGGGCACCAGUGACCAAGAGACAGAGAGGAGAGAUCCUUUAAUGGACACCCUUAACAGUAUGAACAGAGUCCAGCAAGUGGAACUCAUCUGUGAAUACAAUGAUUUAAAGACAGAGCUGACUGACUAUCUCAGGAGGUUUGCAGAUGAGGGAACGGUGGUUAAAAGAGAAGACAUUCAGCACUUCUUUGAAGAGUUUCAGUCUCGGAAAAGGCGACGGACUAACAGGAUGCAGUACUACUGUAGUUAGACUGAGAGGGUUUGGGUCUGAAAGGACAACUGGCAAAAAAAAGCGUUCACUGGCAAACAGAAAAGGCAUCUUCAGUUUUUGGCUUCUCAUCAAAAUCCAGCUAUCCAAGAAACAUAAUUUUGUCUUACUCUUCCUUCAUUUGUAGCACCUAAAACAUGUCCUUGACAAAUCCUUACAUUGCGCUUAGGGGUAUUUCAGUACCUAUCACUUUGCAUUCCCGUGAAAGCCGGCCUUGUCUCCAGGGGACGGGGGCUGUUGCCGGAGCAGUGCGUCCUGCUGCUUACCUGUGUUGGCCCCUCCUGCUUGCUGCCAGGGCCUGGGGCCGUGGCCGUGAUAAACCCGCCCGGGCCCUGCCCUGCCCUGCCCUGCCCUGCCCUGCCCUGGGCAGCUGGGAGCGCGCUCCCGGCUUUCCUGCCGGAACAGCUCCGUUUCCUCCCUUCGGGCUGCAGCCAUUCGGGUGAGGGCCCCAGCACCAAGGAGGUGCCUGUUCCUGCCCUGUAGCGGCUCCUGGGGCGGGCCUGGCUGUGGCUGAGCCCAGCGCUGCUGCCUGCUGCUGCCUGUCCCCUCCUCGGGCUGCUCACAAAUGGCAAAGCGGAGCUUAGGUUUGAUGCAACAGUGUUCCAUCUGGUUUUAUACAUUUAAAAAACUUAUUUCUGGUAUUGCACAGGGUGGUUUCCGUGGUAAAAAAAAAUGUCAGAUGAUCUUAAUUCACUCCUCAAAACAUAAACAAUAGCUAGGAGGAGGUACUAAAUUGCAAACUAAGCGUGGGGGGGUUUGUUAUAUGCUUUGAAUUUAAAAAUAGCCUACAGCAAAUUCUUCUACUUUAUAAAUGUUGCUGAAAACAGUGCAGCAUCCUGGUAUUUUGCUACAGUAUGGAAUGUUCUUUUUAUAACCACUGUGAUAAUCAUGGGACAGGAGAUGUUUCAGUGACUUUUAAGACUAUACUUAGCUACAGUUAAAAAACUAAGAUUUUGUAAGGUUGGAGUCUAAUGUAGUUAGACCCCAAAACAUAUGUUAAAGUUCUAGUUUUUGAGGAUUUGUAUAGUAUGGGGUACUAUUCUGCUUCCAUGUUAAUGGUUUUUGAAAAGCAAAGGUAGACUUUUAUCAUUCUCGCUGUUGACUGUUUGUGACCACUUUAUUUACAAACAGUAGUUUAGCAUAGAUGCUCAGCUGAGCACUUUCAUAGAACAUAGGAUAUGCUGAGUUGGAAGGUACUCAUCACGGUCAUCACAUCCAACUCCUGGCCCUGCGCAGGACACCCCAAGAGUCACACCAUGUGCCUGAAAGUGUUGUCCAAACACUUGAACUCUGGCAGGCUGGUGCUGUGACCCUUCCCUGGGGCGCCUGUUCCAGUGCCCAGCCACCCUCUGGGUGAAGAACCUCUCCCUGAUACCCAACCUAAACUGCCCCUGACACGACUUCAGGCCGUUCCCUCAGUCCUGUCACUGUCACCACAGAGCAGAGAUCAGUGUCUGCUCCUCCUCUUGCUCUCACAGGAAGCUGUAACUGCAGUGAGGUCUCCUCUCAGUCUCCUCCAGGCUGAGCAAGAGACCUCAGCCCCUCCUCACAUGGCUUCCCCUCAAGGCCCUUCAACAUCCUUGCCCUUCUUUGGACACUCUCUAAUGGGUUUGUAUGUAUUUUAUAUUGUGGUGCCCAAAACUGCCCCCAGGACGGGAGGUGAGGCCACCCCAGUGCAGAGCAGAACGGGACAAUCCCCUCCCUUGCCUGGCUGGUGGGGCUGUGCCUGAUGCACCCCAAGACAAGGGUGGCCCUGCUUCCAGGGCACUGCUGACUCAUGCUCCGUGUGUCAUCAACCCCCAGGGCCUUUUCCGAGUUGGUUUUAAAUUUAAGUCUGGGUAUUGUACAUGCUCUUUUUUUUUUUUUUUUUGGUAGCAACUGUUAUGGGAGCUGUAACUGCGCAUCUAACUACAAUAUUAAAAGAAUUGUUCUCUGCGUGCUGUCUUGUUUUCUCUCAGUGCUGCUGUAGUGUUUUGUUUCCAUCCACAAUCUAGGCAGACACAGGGAGCCCAGUGAUGACCUUUUAGCCAAGCCAAGGCAGAUAGUGGGGGCUAGUCAAGCCCAGGAUUCCUAGCCCUUUGUUUAUACCUGAUCCAGGUGUGAAACAAGGGAUUGCAGCCUGCUGCUAAGUACAAUUUAGAGCAGGAUGGGUGAUGUUUCCUGGGUGUUGCGGUUUCUGUAAUUCACUGAAGGAGUGGGGGAGAGGGUACCCAAAGGCAAUUUUAUCUUCCACAGGAAAUAAAAAAGCAGUGAAAGGCCCCAGUGAUGAGAGAAAUGCUUUAUACCCCAGCGCCAGCUUUUCUGUGCUUGAGAAAAUACAGCAGUGAGUG